AUGAAGAAAGGAAGUCGGAGGAACAACAUGACACACCGACUUCCUCCGCGUUUUGGCAUGCGAGUGCAAACGCCGUCGAAGCAGCGGUCGAUUUUUUCGGAGCCGUCGACAUUUGAAGAAGCAGUGUCUGGCCCGGACCAAGUACACUGGCGCAAGGCAAUUGAUGCGGAGCUCGAUUCGAUGAAGCUUCGCGGUGUCUUUCGUGCGGCCAAGUUACCCAACGGACAAAGCGCCAUUGGCACAAAGUGGGUCUUCAAGAUCAAGCGCAAGGCGGAUGGGUCGAUCGAGAAAUACAAGGCACGACUUGUGGCCAAGGGUUUUCGCCAAAAGUAUGGCAUCGACUACACGGAGACGUUCUCGCCCGUGGUCAAGUAUGUGACGCUGCGAAUGGUCAUCGCCAUUACCAAGCACUUUGGAUGGCCCCUCGACCAGCUCGAUGUGGUGACUGCGUUCCUGUAUGGAGUGAUGAAGGAGAAGGUGUUCUGCGCUGUUCCAGAAGGCGUCAAGAUGGAAGGUGAUUUCGACUGUCUCGAGCUGAUCAAGGCGAUCUACGGUCUCAAGCAAGCCUCGCGUGUUUGGAACGAGACCUUCGACGAGUUCAUACGCUCGAUUGGUUUUCAAGCGUCGGGAUUCGAUCCAUGUCUCUACAUCAUGACUUCGGAAGGCCAUUGUGUUUUUGUGCUGGUCUACGUGGACGAUGUCUUGGUGACUGGAAGCUCGCUCGAGAUGAUUGCGCGCACCAAGAACGACCUCAAGACACGCUUCGAGAUGACGGACAGCGGCAAGUGUGCCUUUGUUCUUGGGAUCGAGUUAUUGGACGGUGAAGAUGGCAGCGUGACUAUGUGUCAGCGCCGUUAUGUCGACGAUGUCCUCAAGCGCUUUGGAAUGGAUGAGUGCAAGGCUGUGGCAAGUCCGGUGGACGUCAGCUCUCGACUGGUUCCGAGCAACUCUGCAAGCAAGGUGGAUGUCCCAUUCCGUGAAGCAGUGGGUGCUUUGAUGCAUCUGACGACUGCAACGCGACCGGACAUCGCCUAUGCUGUAAGCUUUGUGUCACGGUUCAUGGAGAAACCCCAAGAAGAACACUGGGUUGCAGUCAAGCGCAUCUUCCGCUACCUACAAGGCACCAAGAUGCAUGGAAUCUGCUACAAGCCAAGUGCGAAGAUCGACUUUCGUGGCUAUUCAGAUGCAGACUGGGCCGGUGACCUUGCUGAUCGCAAAUCGACGUCCGGCUACGUCUUCAUGCUAUUGGGUGCUCCGGUGAGUUGGGGCAGCAAGAAACAGCCAAGUGUGUCACUGUCUACAAGCGAAGCGGAGUACAUCGCGCUCAGACUGGCGAUCCAAGAAGGCAAGUGGAUCAAUCGCUUGCUGUGCCAGAUCAUGGCGGCUGCAAACGAAGAAGGACCCGAGCUCGUCAUCCGUGAAGACAACCAGUCGUGCAUCAAGAUGACGAAGAAUCCGGUCAACCACGGCCGCGCUAAACACAUCGACAUCAAGUACCAUCACAUCCGUGAUGAAGUCAAGCGCGGCGAAGUGAAGCUUGAAUACUGCGAGACGACGUUGAUGUUGGCGGACAUCAUGACGAAGGGACUUCACGGACCGCGUCACAAGGAGCUGACAGAGGCGCUUGGCAUCCGCACGUGUUCGUAUUGA